AUGGGUUUUGUGCUUCUGCAGCAGAUUGUUUGGAGCCGCAGGCAUCGCCUGAUAUGGAUGCUUGCAGCGUUGAUGCUGGCCCGGCUGCAGAUGCGGGAGAUCGUCUUUGUAGGACGCCGAGGCGUGAACAAGUACAUGGAAGAUGAGGCACGAAGAGAAGGACUGCUGCGUCGGAUGCCAGUGGCAGAAAUUGGCUGGGACGACCACAGUCUUUCCAAGGCAGACAUCAAGUCGUUGAGCAUGAUCUCUACUGCGUCGGACAAGCUCGACUGGUACAGGGCCAAAGCUGCUUGGGAUUCCUCGUCUCGCCUGAAGACGCCUCUGUGCAACGCGAUGAUGCAUGCCGCCUUUCGGUGUGGCCGGUAUGCAGAUGGGCAGCGCAUGUUCUGGGACAUGUGUGAGAGGGGCCUGCCCAAGAACUCGAUCACGUAUAACUGUGCCAUAAGACUUUUCUCCAUGCUUGGGCAGUAUGAACAUGCCUACGCCCUCUUCGAAGAAUCUCGUGACAACAUAGCGGUUUCGGGUGACCCUCGGUUGCUGUACCUCCUGCUGAGUGAGAUGAUCAACUCAAUGGCGGAGGCCGGCAAUGUAACCGGAGUUGGUGAGUUCCUGCAGCUUAUGACAGACAACGGCUUCCAGAUUGGUGAGGUGGCCUGGGGAUCGGCUCUGAAAGCUUGCAUGAUUGCUGGAGCCCCGGCUGUAGCUGAUUUCUUCAUGGAGCAGAUGGCCCAGUCAAACAUAUCAGCCACUAUUAUCCAUUACAGGCUAGUUAUGGGCGCCUAUGCAGGGCGAAAGGUGGAGCGCAUCCUCGCAUUGGCAGAGGAAGCAAAGCGACAUGGCUGUGACAAGGACACAUAUUUUUUAGAGGUGCAGGUUGCUGCUUUGCUCGGUUUCUGCGCCCGCGAGAAGCGGGUGCAAAGUGAAACUGCAGCCCGAACUGUGGUCCGGCAAGCAAAUCCUCAGCAUCGCGAGGCUGCCCUUGCGACAAUCAGAGCAGGCAAGUCUCGCGGAGUAUCUCUCAGCCUGCUCACGCGAUACUUUCAGUCAGCUUUGCUAGAA